AUGUGCUAAAAACAGUAUUUAGGAAAAUUAGUACUGUAAAAUUUUCUGCUGCUGAGACAUCAGUCAAACCCCACAGUUUUGCAACAUAUGACACUACGUUUUGAUAAAAAGUCCUGCCCUGUGACUCACAUUAACUUCUCUAUUUGCACAGUUAGAUGUGGGUUUAACAGGCAUCUUGCAAUUUUAUGUCUUUGCAUCUCCUCCUUUCCCUGGGGAAAUAAUUAACAGUUACUGGUGGUAACAAAAGACAAUAGUUGUGGGACAGGUAGAUGUUAGGACUGGGAAAAGAAUUCCACAACAGAGGUGCUCAGUGAGUGAAUGAGUCAGGUGGGAAAGGGGAUGAGGAUUAUGCCAAGUUAUUUUAGAGGUUAUCCUGGAUGCCUAACAGAACAACUUUAUUACUAAGUACGCUAGAACUGCAAUGUAGCUGAGUGCCUCCGUUUAGUCAAUAGUGACUGGGUUUGUAUGAGCACUUCAGUUCAGUGCCAUCUCUUGGCACUUCUGAAUGUGUGGGUGUAUUAGUUGUGGUGACCUGAAUCUUAUUUUUCAGUGCACAUAUCCAGUUCCCUCCUGCUUGCUACAUAUUUCUUGAUAUCAUUGGCAUUGGAGACCCAUGUGGGUAAAUGAUUUUGAGUAGACCAAAUUUUAUUUUGGUGUGCAUGACACCAACUCCUUAUUCUUAUCUGCAUAAAACUUCUAUAUUUGGCAAGAGGAUGCUACUUUUGACAGUGCCUUAUGCUUAUCAAUGAAUGGAGCUGUCAAUGUCAGCCACCUGAGAUAACCAGACCCUGUUUUUCUUUCUCUGGGGUCACGCUUAUCUUAUUCUGUUUCUGCAUUAGCUUACAAUUUUUCUUCAAUUUUAUAUUAAAAGUUGUGCAUUUUCCCUUAAUGUAUGCAUCAAUGCAUAUAUUUGCAUCUGCAUUUUAAAAACACAUUCUUCCCAAGUAGUUUACACUGCUGAAAUUCUGCUUUAUGCAGACUUUUCUCAAAUGCAUGCUUUGUGCAGCUUUCCUAAAAGUGCUCUUUCUUCCCCAAGCAAAUGGCAACAAAGAUUCAUUGGAACGCAGAUUUUGGAACUCAGCUCUGCCACAGUUUGCUGAAGAAGAUCAGGCCAAUUAAUUAAAAAUGCUCAGAGGAACAGCUUCCUCACUCAUCCCUACCUGGGACCAAACAAAGCAGUACCUGGAUGAGAUUCAGUACUAUACAUAUGUUAGAUCUCUUAGAUGUGUGGGUGUGAGAAGUGGCUGAAAUCUAAGUUAGAGAUCAUAUUCUUUAUAUACAUCUUGGAUGUAAUUGAAUUUGACUUGCCCUCUUAAUAGUCCCUUGCAGUCACUAUAACUUUAGGUCAGGCACAAUUAAAUACCAUUACUUAGGAGGUACUGUGAUUUGGGAAGACUCAGCCUUACUUUUCUUUAAUAUUUCCUCAUAUUUGAGUUAGGGUUAAGGUUAUUUUGGAUGUUAUUGGCAUGGGGCCCUCACAUUUGCCCCACACCUUAAGAAGAGUUUGGGCCAGACAUGGAUCUGUGUCAUCUGUUACAGGACACCCCCUGGACUAGUGAGUUUGGCUUGGAUGUGCCAUUUGGGGUAGCCCAAAACUUAUUGUGGGGUCAUAGCUCUAUUUCUUCAUUUGUACAUGAUAUUUAGGAUCAUCACACAUUCAUGUGUACUGCAGAAGAAUAUGAUUUUGAUGGAAGAUAACCUUUGUUUAUAUUCAUGGGGAAAGUCAUGGAAAUAUAGAUAUAUGGCAGCUCAAGGCAUAUGCUGUGGUGAAGGGGUAUAUUAAGUGUAGAUUCUUCCUCAGUUUACUGACUGAGCUCUGCUUCUUAUCAGUAAGGAACUUUGAACUGGAAACUGGUAAACAUCUUCCCUGCAUACAGUGAUUUUAAUAACAGUGAAAAUAUGGUGGUUCAUCUGAAGCAUUCUAGUGAAGCUUGAGGUCUGCUUUUCCUUAGGACAAGAAAAACAUCAUAGCUGAGUCAUGCAGGAAUUUCCCAGUAUGCUGCAAUGAAGCUGCUUCUCCUGUGUAGGAUGUAUGAGCCAAAGCAAAGGCUUUAUAAGCAAAGCAUGGAUGAAAUCCUAGCAGCUCUGUUCAGAGUCAUCCAAAUCAUCACACAUCCAAAAGACAGGAGUAAAACAGCAGCAACUUUAAACUAAUCUUCGAAGACAUUCCAGCACGCAAGGCUUCAGUGUACUCAGUGUACUUUUGCAUCUUUUUGCCUACAAACAUCAGAAAGCUGUGUGCCUGAGGACAACAGAAGUGGAAACCAAAUCAUUAGCUAGUCAUAAACGUGAACAAUGAUGGAAACCAAGGAUGAAAUUGCCAUUGUGGGGAUUGGAUGUAAUUUUCCUGGAGGUGAAGGAAUUGAUAAUUUCUGGCAUGUUCUGAUAGAAGGCAGAAACUGUGCUGAAGAAAUACCUCCUGAAAGAUUUGACAUUAAAGAUUGGUAUGAUUCAGACAGCAGCAAACCAAGUAAAACAGGCACAAGACAUGCAGCUUUUCUCAAAGAGUUUAACACAUUUGACAACAGAUUUUUUGGAAUUAAUGAUAUGGAAGCUGAACAUAUGGAUCCCCAGCAGAAAUUACUCCUGGAAUGUUCCUAUCGAGCACUGGAAGAUGCAGGAGUCACUAGGGAAAAUAUUAGUGGCUCCAAAACAGCGGUUUUUGUUGGCAUGAUGAAUCGAGACUAUACACAAAUAGCAAGCAGGAACAUUGGCGACAUCAACCAUUAUGAUGGCACUGGGCAAGCGAUGAGCAUAGCUGCAAACAGGAUUUCGUAUACAUUUAAUCUGACUGGACCAUCAGUUGCCAUCGACACAGCCUGCUCCUCAUUUCAUUAUGCAUUGCACUUUGCCUUGCAUGCAAUUAAACAAGGAGACUGUGAAGCUGCUCUUUGUGGAGGAGUGAACUGCAUCAUAGAACCUCAGGCUUUUAUCAACCUUUCCAAAGCAAAAAUGAUUUCUCCUGAAGGAAUCAGCAAACCUUUUUCUAAAAAAGCAGAUGGCUAUGGAAGAGGGGAAGGCUGUGGUGUUCUUUUGCUGAAACCGCUGAAGAAGGCACAAGAAGAGUACAACAGAAUAUGGGGAGUUAUCACCAGCUGUGCAGUCAACCAGAAUGGAAGAUCUGUCACUCCGAUCACCAGGCCGUCUCAGCAGCAACAGGAGAACUUAUUGCUUGGCAUUUAUCCAGCUCUUGUUGACCCAUCCACUGUGCAGUACGUUGAAGCACACGGCACGGGAACCCCUGCAGGAGAUUCCACUGAAGCAGAGAGCAUCGGCAAUGUCAUCGGCAAAAAGAGGUCUCCUAAUCUGCCUCCUCUCAAGGUUGGCUCCAUCAAAGGGAACAUUGGACACACUGAGUCAGCCGCUGGGGCAGCAGGAGUAAUCAAAGUUCUUCUCAUGAUGCACCAUGGAAAGAUUGUGCCGUCCUUGCACUAUUCAGAAAGCAAUAGCAGCAUCGAUACAGAGAAGCUAAACCUCUCCAUCCCAACAACAGUGGAAAAGUGGGAUGAGUCCCAUGAAUAUGGCAGAGUAGCUGGGAUCAACUGUUUUGGAUUUGGAGGCACCAAUGCUCAUGUGGUUGUCAGACAGGCAAAGCAAACCGAACUUCUCCCUUCAGUCCACAGGCCUGUCGAGCUCUUUGUAAUCUCUGCAGCUUCAGGUAAUUCUCUCAAACUGACAGGGGAAGACACAGCUAGAUAUCUAAAUACAAAUAACUCAGUAACGCUUCCAAAUCUGGCCUACACAUCUGCAUGUAGAAGAAGCCACUUAAACCACAAAUACCGAAAGGCAUUUGUGGUGUCAUCUCUCCAGCACUUAGAACAACAACUUCCUUCUACAGUUGAAACAGCAAAAGCUCCAUCAAGCAAGACUCCACAAAUAAUAUUUGUGUUCCCUGGAAAUGGCUUGAACUUGAAAGGGACAUUUGGGACCUUGCUGAAAUCCGAGCCAGUGUUUAGAGACAAAUGUAAAGAAAUAGAACAACUCUUUCAGAAAUAUUCCUACAACAGCAUUUUAGAAUUAACUGAAAGAGAACAUGUGGAUCUGUCAAAUCCUGAGAUAGCCCAUCGUUGCUCCAUCACAAUAAUCACGUACAGGACAACAGACAGGAUCGUGGACCACAUCAACCCUGGCUUUGCCUUGUAUGGCAUGGCCCGGGCCUGCAUGCUUGAAGCUACUAACAUCACUUUUCAGAUGAUUGAUAUCAGCUCAACAAGUGCCAUGGACAUCCUGGCCUUAGCAAACGUUUUAGUUGGGUAUGACGCUGAAAUUUAUCCUGAAGUCUGGAUUAAUCAAGGAAGAAUUUACACUUCCGAAAUCAGCAGCACACAAACCAACAAUAUAUUGCACAAUCAUAAGUCCCAGUCUUUGUCAAAUUGUGACUUGUUUGGCCUUUAUACCUCUGAGCCUAAUGAAGCAAGAGAGAUAUCGGCUGAGUUGGCUGACAGCAUUGAUUUUCCUCUUGAUGCUCACCAUGUUGAAGUGCAAAUUGAAAAAAUAAGUAUCCAUUCUGAGGACUAUUUUCCUGUUAGUGUUUCCAGCUGGAACUUUGGAAACACAUUAUAUUGGAAUUCACAGACAAUCCAUAAAUACAAGCUCUUAGCACUGGACUGCAGUGGAACAGUAGUUGCAGCAGGCAGCAAAGUAAAACAGCUCCGAGUGGGAGAUCACAUUGCUUCAUGCUAUCCAGUUGCUGCAUCUUCAAGAAUCAGGAUUCCAGAAACAGUAUGUUUUAAUACCCAGAAAUUUCCAUGCUUUGAAACUGUACCCUGUGUGUCUUUAUUUAGGAUAGCAUGGGAAAUUUUGCAUGAGAUCCUGUCAAAAAUCAAACGGAAUGGAUCUUUAGGCAUUAUUUCUACUGAACCAAAGUCAGUUUUGUGCAAAAUUCUUUCCCUGUCAGCUCAAGAAGCAGGCUGGAAAACUGUAUGUACAAUACUUGACAGCAACCUGGAGCAGUGUGUGUCUCAUUGCAAUGCCCUUGUUUUUCUGAAUCCCCUGGAAAAGUUACCCAGAGAUGUUUUAGCUCACCUUCCAUAUCUCCAUGAUGUAGCGGUUUUAUGCGGCAACCACCAUCCUGAAUAUAUGACAUCUCUCCUUCGAAACAGUCAUGAAAACUUUCAAAUUCAUGCUCUUAGUCUUUCCUCAAUUUUCCAGAAAGCAUCUCUGAAAAUAUCCCAGAAACCUUUCUCUAAGUGGAUGAAAUCAAUGCAGCAAAAGCAGUUUAAGGACUUACCUUCUUCCAUCUUUCAACAGCUAGAGAACAGUGAGAGCUCAGACAAUGCAGUAUCAUCCACCUUCACUUGCAAAUCUAUCCCAUUAAUUGCACUGAAAAAUAAGCAUGACAGCUGCAUUUCUGAUAUUCCAUUGUGUGACACAAAGAGGAAACUGUUUAAGCAAAAUGCUGUUUACAUCGUCACUGGGGGGCUAACAGGGCUUGGCUUUGAAACUGUGAAAUUUAUUGCUCAAAAUGGAGGGGGCUGCAUUGUCAUUCUUUCCCGGAGAAAGCCUAAUGCUGAAAUGCAAAAAGAGAUUUGUAAUGUGCAGAAUCAGAAUAAACAGAGCAGAAUAGUCAGUGUGCAGUGCAACAUAAUCUUUAAGUCUGAUGUUGAGAGUGCUAUCAAGUCAAUCAGCAAAACCUUUCCAAAGUGCCCAAUCAAAGGUAUAUUCCACAGUGCUGUGGUUUUCCAUGAUGCAAGCAUUGAAGCCUUGAGUCGUGCUACAUUUGAGGAAGUCUUAAGCGCAAAGGUUGCUGGAGCCCUCAAUCUUCACCAUGCUACUCAAGGGCUGAAUCUUGACUAUUUUGUAUGCUAUUCAUCAGUUUCUUCCUUUCUUGGAAAUGCAAUGCAAGCAAACUAUGCUGCUGCCAAUUCCUUCCUGGAACAUUUCUGCCAUUACAGGAGAAACUGUGGACUGCCAGGACAAUCCAUCAGUUGGGGUGCCUUGAAUCUUGGAGUACUGCAAAAUCAAAGCGGCAUUCAAAAUCUUUUGGAAUCAAAGGGCAUAGCAAUUCUGCAGGUGGAUGAAAUUCAUGAGUAUCUUAAAACAAGCCUGACUCUGAAUAAUCCACAGCAAGUUGUGGUCAAGCUCAACAUUAAAUCUUUGAUCACUCAUUACUUUUCUCGAAGUUCAGCAAUGAGGAGUCGCAUGCGCACAGUCCUUGCAGAAUUCACAGGAAGUAAUGUUGAACCAUCAGAAAAAACUGUAAUCAAUGAUUUGGCUCCAAUAAAAGCAGAAGACUAUGUCAUGUCAUUGGUGAGUGAACUCAGUGGUGCAGACUUAAGUGAUAUUGCAAUGAACACACGCCUUUUAUCUCUUGGCAUCGAUUCUAUGUUAGCUAUGACUAUACAGAAUCGAAUUUUUCAGGAUAAAAAGACUGAUGUACCACUUGUAAAAUUACUUGAUCCGGAGACUACAGUGCUGAAUCUAGCAUCAUUUUUAGAAGAAGCUUCUAACAGAACGCAAUGAAGAGUACUGAAAGCCACAGAGCUGUGAAGGAGGACACUGCAAUAUCUCUCUGUAGCUGCAAUACUGAUGAUAGCUGUAUGAUUUCUCAAUGCUAAUUGUAAUAGGAUUUCUCAAUACUAAUCUCAACAGCAGUCACACUUUGACUAAGUUGGAGCAUUUUAGUUUCACCAUUGGCAGCAACAGCGUUUUGCAUUUGCUGACAAUUCAUCCUUUCAUUACAGGGUCUUGAAGCUACUCACCCUGCUUUCAUUUGCAAUGUUUUUCAUAUCUGGAGUAUUUAUUUUCAAUUAUCCAAACAAUAUGUGAGAAGCCUCCUUAGGAUAUGAUAUUCUUAAGUGUUGUGCUCAUGUUUGCACAUUCAAUGCAUGAUUGUGUGUGCGAGAUGAUGUUUGGACUUGUACCCUCAAUAUGUGUAUCAAAUUGCAUUACAAUUGCUCAGUGUUCAACAGAUAUAUUGCAGAAAGAUAAAAGGCCUGACUGUUGAGCCAAAUAUACUUUCUAGUUGAAGCUUUCUAUUUAACAUGCAACCUUUAACGAUCAUAAUCAACAUACAUCUCUACUUAGCACAGUAAACAUAUGGGCAUAAAUGUACAAUCUUCAGAUAUAUAUUCAAGAAAUCUGUGCUUACCGUUGUUUAGAUAUGAUCUGUUGUGCAGUUAAGUAGCAGACCCUAACAGAAGAUUGGCUGCCCCUAACAUUUUCUAAGAUGCUAUGGGCAAUAAUAAAAGCUUUUCUUUCAGUACUUGAAGCUCCCUUUUUUAUUCUCUCUCAUUGGCACUUCUUUCACAAAUGUUGCCUUAUCUCCUGUUUUAUCAGUGAUAGAGCCUCCAUUAUAAGAAUACCUUAGAAACAGCAUUAGAGAGUCGUGGGCACUGAGUUUUUGGCUCCCUGGUGGCCAAAAGAGCAAUUUGUUUUCUCUGAGACUACUACCUCAGUUAUUCUAGGAGUAACACAAGCACAAUAAACACUGCACUCUUUGAGAUCCACACAGACUGGAUUAACCUAGUUUCUGUGGGCUCAGGACAUUACUACUUGGAUAAGGCUGUAAUCCUAUGCAUAUUUACUAAAGAGGGAUCCCUUCUUCCAGUGUGAUUAUUCCUGAAUAAGCACAGAAAUGCACUGUAAAUGUUUAGGCAUGAUUUUAUCUUUUAUGCUUUUGUUAUUCAGCAAUUCCAAAAUAACUUUCAGAAACUUAAGGGCUUUAUAUUUCCCUUAUUUUUAUAUUUCAAGUUUACUCAUUUUCUUGAUUAUGUAGGAUAGUCUGGCUGGCUGGUUAAGAUGCAAUCCAUCAGCAGUAAGAGUAAGAAAAAAGAAGUAAGAAAAAAGAUCUAUAUCUUCUAGCAUUUUUCAGCCAGCAUGCUCGGAAUUAUGGAUUUUUUUCUGUCUAAAGAAGCAUAAUACAAUGUCCCUAGCCCUUUGGAUGUAACAUUCUUUAAGAGGCUGAACUGUAAAAUUAGAAUUUGUUUCUAUCAAACAAGAAGGAAUCCAUAGCUCUAUUCUCAAAAGGCCUGUUUUUCUACUGAAAUGUAAAGGAAGGAUACCAUGGGGUGUUUUUGAAUGUGAACAGUCAACAGACUUACUACAUGUCACAAGAGAUUUAGAUCUUACAACUUCUGCAAACUUUGGAGGCUGAUCAAGGUGCCAGUAUGCUAACUUUUCAUAUGUGUAAAAUAUUUUCAUUUAAG